AUGGAACAAAGAAUUCCUUUAACUUUAACAUCAGAAAAUUCAUAUAACUAUCGAAAUCGUUCUUCUAACAGUGAAACAUCAUAUAAAUGGGUUCGUUAUAUUGUUGGCUGUGUUACGGUAACAUCAAUAUUUGGUUUAAUAAUUUUUCUAAUAAUGUUAGGUAUUCCAAUAAGUAUGCUUGUUAUUGGUAUUCGUUAUCGUAAUCAAUAUUAUUGUCCAAUUGAACCUCGUAUAAGUCUUUUUUUAAUUGUUGCUGGAUCUGUUUCAAUUGGAUUGAUUAUUCUUAUAAUUCUUUUAUCAUUAUUAACAAUAUUUAUUUCUUAUAAAAAUUCAAUAAUGACAAUGAUUAUUUUUCUUAUUUUAAGCUUUUUUAUAUUUGUUGGAGAAAUAUUUUCAAUAAUUUGGUUAAUUAUAGGUAGUAUUUGGACAUUCCAUAUACGAACUCGUGUAGAACAUAGAAUUAAUUAUCCUUUUAAUAUGAGAUUAUAUUGUCAUAAAACAUUAUAUCAAUUUACUUUUAUUUAUUUAAUUAUUAUUUAUAUACUCAUAGGACUUCAAUGUUGUUUUCAUUGUUGUUCAAUUAUGUUGCGUUGGAAAAAACAAAAGUAG